AUGUUACCUACCACAAUUGAGUUGUCAUCAAAGUCAACGGUGGUCUUUGACGAAGAGCAACAAGUGGUGAUGGAGAAAAUUCUCCACGGAACAGAUCAGCUGAGCGUUAUCGCGAUUGUUGGUAUGCCUGGACUCAGUAAGACAACUCUUUCCAAAAAGUUAUAUCACCAUGAAAACAUAGUAAUUCGAUUUGAUGUUCGUUCGUGGUGUACUUAUGUCUCUCAAGUCUAUGACAAGAGAAAAUUAUUGCUUGAAUUGUUGGGUUAUGAAUUUGAACGCCAUGUUGAAAUUGAGAGGAGUAAUGAUGAAUUAAUCCCACAAUUACAAAGGUGUUUGAAGAAAAGGAGAUACUCAAUAGUUAUAGAUGAUGUAUGGAGCACUGCUAUAUGUGAUGACUUGGUCAGUUUUUUUCCAGAUGAUAACAACAGGAGUAGAAUAAUUGUAACUUCCAGGCUUAAUGAAUUGUCUAAUUCUUCUGUAAAUUACUCGUUUUGCUAUACUCAUCGUUUUUCUUUUCUCGCGGAAGAUAAAAGUUGGUUGGUAUUACGGAGCACAAUAUUUAAUAAGGACGAAAGCUGCCCUCAAGAACUUGAGGAAAUAGGGAAGGAGAUAGCAAAAUAUUGUGCAGGAUUGCCUCUUGCAAUUGUUUUAAUAGGAGGUCUUCUUGCAUGA